GCUCUAUUGAGACCAAGCACUAUCAAUGUAACUUCGGACGUGGGCACUUAUUAUAAAAUCAAGUAUUUAGACAAAGUGAAGAAAAAUUUAAAGGAUAAAGGUGGUGAACAAUUGUUAAAUAGAUUUUUACGCGGUUGUUUUGGACAUUUAUUGGAUUAGAAUCCUGGUCCGAAAUGUGCAAUGGCCGUUCAUCAAGUAGUCUCUCGCCAAAUAAAGUCAAGCCGUGAUGGUCUUUUCUUUUUAUUGAAUAAUACGAGAGUUCAUUUUUCGAAGAGGGAUUAUGCUUUAGUGACUGGUCUUAAUUUUGGUGAUUUUAAUGUAGAUAUGUCGCGUAAUCAUGAUUUGAGUGGAGUGGAAGUGUUUAAUAAAUUUAGUUGUGGUGAGUCUCAUGUGAAACUAUCAACCCUCAUUGAUCUUUCUGAGAAUUUUGAAAUUGAUGAUGAGGAUGGUAGUUUAUACUUGAGGAUUGCCUACAUUAUAGUCCUAUAUGGAAUGCUUGUAGGUUAUGAGACUGAUAAAACAAUUUAGCAUUGAGUUUGGGCAUUGGUAGAUGAUCUUGAUGCAUUUAACCAAUUUCCGUGGGGGGCGUAUACGUAUAAUUUGUUGUGUUACUAUACGACAAAUUGCAAGUCUAAAAAACAGUAUAAAUUGUAUGGACCUGUUUGGGCGUUGCAUGUGUGGUCGCUUGAGAUUAUGCCCGAUUUAGGUAAUGUGGUCGGUAAUUGUGUUGCUGAGUUUGCGCACCCUAGAUGUUUGAAGUGGAAGUUUCGUAGUAGACCGGCUACGAAGGAUUUACGGCCCUUCUUCGAGAAAGUGGAGCAAGAGAUAUUGGAGUUGGUCGCAGACGAAUUUGAAGUCAGCACUAUGUACUACUUAUCUACCAUUGGUGUGUAUAUGGGGGCACAGCAUGAUGAAGCUCGUGUGUAUAUGGGGGUACAACAUGAUGAAGCUCCUAAUCAGGAUUUCCCAUAUGGGCCUUCACACGACAUUCAUGUUGAAGAGCAAGAACAAGAGGAAGGAGGAGCUCUGCAUGAUAUACCUAUUUCUGCGCAUGAUUUGGCUGCGACAGUGAUGGACACACGGGCGCGGAGUUCAUCUUCCCAUGAAGAGGGUCGUCGUAGACGAGCUAGGGAAAAGCGUGUUCGGCCACCUACUACAUCUUCAUCAUCUAGUAGCGGCGAUCAUGCUAACCGGCGUGUAGACCGUGAAUAUAUGGAGACAGUUGUGAGGAGAAUGGAAGAGGCACACGAGGAGAGAAUGAAAAGGCACAGCGAUGCUUUACAUGAACGGGUCAAGGGGACAUUGAGGGGGUUUUUCGAGGAGUUGAAGGGUUUUUUUAGUUGUAAGAGUGUCCGAGCUACGGCUGUUCGUUCUCCUGUUCAUCGACCUACACCGGCACCCAAUGCGAGACAGAGUGAUGAUAUACCCAAUGAGGGCACCGAGGAAGGCGAUGUUCCUCGUGUUGAUAAUGUUACACCAUCGCCAUAUGUGCCACAGUUUUCUCAAUUUGAUUUUGGGAGCACAUCUUAUUUGGGCACUGAUGCCGAGUUGCCUCGUUUGUCCAAUCCAAUUGAUCAAAUGAGAGUAUAUUUGGAUUUCAUGGGAGAGGAGUUGGCUAGUUUUGGAGAGCCAUCCCAACGCAUUGAGACACCGGUAUUGCCUAGGAGAAGUACACGUCAAAGAUUCCCAUCACAAGUAUUGGAGUCACCGUAUGCGGCAUCUGGAGAACCCAUUCUACUUUCGACAGCGGAGAUGGAUAACUUUACGGCUUUCCUUAAUGGAGACGCUACUGAGGCAUUUGUCUUGGAAAGUAACCAUAAAGUCUCGAAGAAUUGGUUCAAGAGCAUAUUGAAGCUUGAUUGUUCGCUGCACCAGGAUGUUCUUGAUUUGUUCAUAUUGAGCUGUCAAUCGAAGCUGAUACGUCGGGUUUCAAUUCUUCCAUUUGUUACAUUCGAGAACACGGGCGUAGCCUCUUUUGAUCUAUAUCGAGUUUGUGAUCAAUAUUGGAGUUGCUGCUUCUUUAGUACAAAGUUGAACCAUACUAUUCCUGGAUCAUAUGACUCCUUUCAUGAUUGGAAUGUCCCUAAAUCCGUCUUAUCCAUGGUUAAAGGAGAGAGUGGGUCGUCAAUGGCACAAAAUUGGUUUAGUGCCACACAGGUUGUUGUUCCAUGUUGGAUUAAAGGACAUUACGUGGUUGUUAGAAUAUACCUCGGACGUUGGGAGGCCGAGCUACACGAUCCACUAUAUUAUGGUUUGGAUGAAGCCGCGAAAGCAAAGCGUGGAGCCGAGAUCCAACCAUUGUUGAGUUUAUUCGGGAAGAUUUUGGAAGAUGCCGGCUAUUGGACGUCGAAUGUGUGUGGAUGGGAAAGGAAGACGCAUCCAUUGACACUCUAUAUCCCUGCACCGGACGAGCAAUUUAGUCAGAAGGAUUAUAGUUCAUGUGGUCCUUUUGCUUGCAUGGUGAUAGAGCGCAUAAUCUCCGAUGCUCCUAGUAUUACUUGGGGCAACACACGAGUGAAAAAAUACAGGGAGAUUAUUGCUGCUAGUGCUUUUAGUAUGUGCGGAGUUGAUUAGAUGUUGUAUGUGUUAUUUUGUUUGGAUUAUGACGAACUUGUAAACUAAAUUGGUACAUGUAGCAAUUUCAUUUGUAUAUUCGUUUGUUGCUGUGAUGCGCAU